CAGCAGCUCUGUCAAACUCCCUCACUUCAGAGCCAAACUGAACCCAAACAGUGGAUGAAAACACCGUCCGUGUGUGUGACAUGUAGCACAGAGUUUGUUUUCUGUGUAUAGAUCAGCUGGUUGUGAGAGGUGAGAGGAAGUGAGGAUUGUUACGUCUCACUCCGAGUCGCAGCUGAAAUCUUCACUUCUACUUUUUCUCAUCGGAGUGCAUCUUCAGCCUGUCGGGGAGGAAAUACAUGGGUACAAGAUAACCGAUGACUGAGGAACAUACAGCUGUUUCUGGGCUUCGUGUCGGUGAUGGCUGAGCUCGUGCAGCCAGACUCGAGAAGGUGUAAUUAUUUCUUCCUCUAUGAUGGAUCCAAGGUGAAAGGUGAAGGUGACCAAACAAGAGAAGGAAUCUGCUACUUCUACCCUGAAGAGACCCCUUUAGAUAAGCAAGAGCUGAUCUGUGGUCAGCUUGCUGGCGCGGGCCGCUGUGUCUCUGAGCUCUCCUCCUCUCCUGUGCGCAUACUGAGGCUGCGCCGCAACAAGUUUGCCAUCCGCAUGAAAGAUGACUUCUUUUGGGCUCUGGGCUGCUCAGUGGAAGUCCCCACCGUCAGUGUCUGUGAACUCCUGGAUCACCUAAUAAACCUCUUUUGCUUCUAUAAUGGCUGUGUCCGACAGAGCUACCAGCUUAACAGUCAGGAGACUCUGGCUGCUCGAUGGGCGCAGUACCUUUCACACCUGCGGAGAGCAUCCUCAGAGCUUCAUCACAUCUUCAGCUGCCUGGGGACCAUUGACUCAACUAAUGUUGACCCACUUCUCCUGCUCAAAGCUGCACUCAUUCUUCAGGCCUGUCAGCGUUGCCCUCUAGUGUUAGCCGGCUGUAUCCUCUUCAGAGGAAGAGUUGUGAGCACACAGAUGUCUCCAGAGCUCACAAUGAAGGUGAUGGUUCAUGAGUGUGAAACAUACAUCAAGGCCCAGAGGCCCAACGGACCAGGCAGCUCAUUUGGUGGUACUGUAAGCUCCACCAGUGUGUUCCUCACCAUGUCCGAACUCCACUACCUGCAAUCUGCCCCCGUCGACAAAGAUUUCAGUUCCCUCCUUACUCCACACAAAGACACCUCCCCAAAAAAGACCCGCCUGUCAAGAACGUUAUCUGACACUCCCUCCACCGAGUCAGAGCCAUCUUAUCCAGGUUCCUCCCAGUCUCCCCAGAAGGUGUCUUUCAGCCCUUGCAUGUCAGACAGCUCGGUGUUUAGCCCAGCUCCAUCACAGAGUGCCGCUAGUCCGCUCAACCCCCCAUCGCAGCCUUCUCUCUCAAACGGCAAACACUCCCCUGAAGCUGAGGAGGACACACUGGAGGAGUCGUAUUAUCACAGUUUUCACAGCAACGAAGGCAGAGGCAGUGAGAUAAAUAAUGAAGGAGACGGCUCAUUGUUUGAAGAAAACUCCCAUCUGAAUGGAGGACAUGGAGACACGGCGUGUGGGGCAGUGUUCAGAGGGUCUGGGGAUGAGGAACCACAUGACAAUAAGGUUUUGGAAGAAGACAGCAGAGGGGGCAGUAUUCAGGGCCAGGAGGCAGCGAUACAAGAUCCUCCUUCUUGCUCUGGUGCCAUUGACCAACCAGAGGAGUGUCCACUGAUUCCCAUGACGCUGUACAUGCACCGGGUGAAAGGUUUGGUGCUGGCUCUGCUGGUGGAGCCGCGCUUCUUGAGUGACGCCGCGUCUAUGGAGGAAGUGUAUCACAGCAGCAUGGCAUCACUUAAUGGACUGGAAGCCCAUCUGAGGACCAUCCCUCCAGGGGCCCCGGGUGCUCCAACACCUUACACCUUUGCCCAUUUUGACUGCAUUCAGAGCACACUGACAACCAACCUGUCUGGUCGACCAGGGGGAGCCCCGGAGCGUCCUUUUGUGAGAGCCACAUCACUUCUUCACUCUCAUUUCUGUAACACUGAAACUCUGCAGGAGGCUAUUAUCAGGAGCGCAGGAGCUGCUGUGUAUGGGACCCGCAGCCUGGCCCAGGAAACUUACUUCCAGCACGGGGGAUCGCUGAGGAACUCUGGCAUCCCAAACCACCAGGAUAGUGCUUUCUCGCUGCCCAGCAAGGCCCGACACAGGCUACUGAAACACGGGGUUAACCUGCUCUGAUCAACACAGCUGCUCUGUGCACAUGAAGAGCUGCCCUGUGAGUAAUCUGCACCGCAACAGUGAACAUUUGAGAAUGUGAUUUAAAGCUUCCUGCUGUGGUUUACUUCUUCUCACGGCAGACCGUUAGCAGGUGAAAACUAAUGGUACUUAUUUUCAUAGCAGAACUUUGCAUUUUUUAAGUCUUUAUCGUAACCAUGAAUGACAGAGGAUGGCUGGUAGAGGAUGUUUUGUGUACAUGAGAUUUUAGUCAUAGUUUGUUAUUUCUGUGUUUUUUUUAGUACAAUUUGUGCACAUUUCGUUAUGCUCAAACAUGUCACCUUUUGUACAUAGAAGCACAACUUUACUCCCGUUUAAACACUGCACACGUGUUGCAACCUUUUCAUUUUACAUAUAUAUUCCGUUCAGUCACGUCCUCAAUGCAGCCAACCUAAUGAUUCCUAUUACUUUUAUUUAUUAGUUUUAUUUAGAAUUUUGACAAAGGUGAGAUUAAAUCUUCUUAAUAUUUAAUUUGGUGCACCUGUACAGAAUCAUUUUUUUUCUUGCUGCACACACUGCAAAAAUGUAUUGAUUUAUUACACAAAUUUAUCAAAUAAUUUAAAAUAGUUUUGUUUUUUAAAAUAAAAAUGUCUAUUUAUUUCAUACAAAAGUGUAGAACUGCCAGGCCCAAAAAAAACAAAAAACAACUGACCAGUAUCAGGUAGUAGAAGUUGCUUUUUACACAUGUUAAGAAAGAUAUUUUCAUGUUAUGACAACAACCAUUUCUUCUUGUAACAAUAUACUUACCUUGUUAUAAUGUGAAGCGUUUUACGUUAUUACGUGAUACGGGAUUGUGUUAUUACAUGAACUGUUUCAUGUUAUAACAAAUAUAAACAAGUAUAUAGUCACAAGGAGAACCGUUUCUUGAUAUACCAUGAACACAUCUUGUAAAACAUGAAAAAAAUAAGUUGUUAUAACAUGAAAACAGCUUAUUAUAACAAUAAAAUAUCUUUUUAAAACAAGGAACUUUUCGUGUUAUGACCUGAUAGUGGGGUUUUUUUUCUGGCCUGACAGUUCUAUGCUUCCUUUUUCAGAUCACGUUUGGUAGCAUAAACAAGUAUUAUUUAACUAUCCAGCUGUUAGAUCAACUCUAUUAUUUGUUGACUGGGUCAUUUGUUAAGAAAUGUUUGUAUUGUAAAGUUUGCUGCACAGAGAAACACUGUAGUGCAUUAUUAGUGGAAAUUAAAUGAAUACAUGAUCCUC